GCGCUCUGGAGCCCCUCUCAGAGCAAUGGUUGGUCAGUGUUCUCUCCUAACGUUCCUGGCUGCCGCGUGCGAGGCCAGAGGGGGCCAUGGACGGAGAGGAGAAGCAGCAACAGCAUAAAAUAGAAGAUGCUGGUAUAGCAUGCAUAACUGAAAAAAAAGAAGAAAUCAAACAUGAAAAAAAUCCUGGAAAAAUCACACAACACUCAAAACUUGGUGUGGACAGAAGACGUGUGAACUAUGCUAAAUUCAUUUACACAAAUGCAAGAACAUACAAUGAGCCAGUUCCCUACAUUGAGAAUAAAGGGCCAGCAAAGCAGAGAAAAUGGUGGUUACAUAGUGAAUCAGGAGAACCUGUCUCCCAACCAUCUUAUGACACCAAGAGCACCCAGAGGAGUGAUUUUCAAAAGCCAGCGUGCCCUCUGGUUUUGCCAGUCAAACACAACAGGAUGCGGAAGCCUUCUUGUGGAAUAGUUCCACUUACCUGUCUGAGUUCAUCAGCAGAACAUGAAAAAAAAUUUGUAGAAUACAUCUCCUUUAUACAUCAAUAUGAUUCCAGGAAAACUCCCAAUGAGCCCAUCCGGGGAAAGAGAUAUGGAACCUUUGUGCAGAGAGAGAUAAAGCCACGGACUACACCAAUAAUUCCUAAGGGACCAGAGCGUCAACUCUUCCCAAAUAGGAGCAUGCUUGAGAUCAGCCCUUCGCCCAUCCACACUGUGGGGCCAGCCUCCCGGCAAAGGCACUGUGUCGCUGGCAUUUGUGUUGUUCUCCCAGGAGAUGCCACUGAAGCUGCCUCCACCUCACCCACCAUGGGCAUGUCUGAAAUGUAUUAGAUGAUUUGACAACUGUAACAGCGGGUAUGUGCCUGCAGGCACCCAGCCUCUGUGCUUGAAAUAUAGGGACUGCCGCUUUUGUUCUGGAAUGGAAGGAGUGGGUAAGGCCUUUUCUCCAUGGCUAAGAAGAACAUGAGACAGCCAUUCCCUUGAAAACUGUGCAGGAGAAUAUACCAGGCCCAGCUGUGUCUGCCUAGGACAGCUGCUGGGACAGUUGAAUAAAAAACGCCAUGACUUUUCCUGUGACCAACGAAGCUCUUGCUUCCUGGGAAUUCUGUCUAUGUCUGCCCUCCCCAUCUCAGCCUGCCUCCUUUUUCUAUUCAGGGUAGGGGGGUUCAAAGUCAGACAAAGAAAUAUUCAAACAGUGACAUGUUACUUCGUGCUUCCUGAACAGCCUAAAACACUGACACCUCUGUGGGAAUAUUCAUCUACGCACUCGUCAGACCCUGCACAUGCCUGCCAAGGAGCAGCAUGUCUUCUGCUCCCCAUUAAAGGUCACCCUCCAGGCUCUGAGGAAUUUCUCCUGAAUCGUGAAGAAGGAAGAGAUCAAAUUCCUGUCAUAAUACACUUCAGAAAGCAAGGAGUAGUUAGAAAUUCCCAUUCAUCUGAGGGAUCUUUGAAAAUCCUGCCUUGGGUGGAGUGACAUUUUCUACCAAUGACGACAGUGAGGCUGGCAGGCGGCCCUGGGUGGAGCCGAGAGAACCAAGCACACUGUCCCUGUGGGGUCCGUGUCUCAAGACUUCCAGGAAGUUCCUGAGAACAGCAGGAACUCUGUCCUGGCUUGGGGAUCACCCCACCCCCAGGCUUCCUUCGCAACAAUACCAAAACAGGACUUUGUUCUAGAAGGAGCCCACUGGGGCCUCUUCACCUUGCCACAACUCUGGGCAGAACUUCUCACAGACUGGAGUUCCCAACAAGUUUACUUGAUGCCUGCUCAGUACAGAACUAGAGGGAUAGGAGUUUUGGAUGUUAAAACCAAAUCCAUCCUAUUAAUUGUGCACCAACAGAACUGCACUUCCGAUUUACUAGUUUUUACAUAUUUUAAUCACCAAAAUGACUAAUAACCACAACACAACUUAAAAGGAAUUGUCAAAGCAUUUUUUAAUUCACAAUGCAUAAUUUCCACAAUACUCUCUUCCCCUUAUGAAAAUAUAAUUUCAAUUUUAUAAAAAUGUAGCUGGCAAUAUAGAUACACAAUAAAGAAGUAUGGAUCUACUCUUCUGUGCUGUGGUGAAGUCACCAAUUGUGCUUGAAAUAAGAUGAAAGAACAUCACAAUGAUUAUUUUAAACUAGGGUCAUUCUCCAUGGCUCUCAAUAACUCCAGCAUCAUUUUCUGAAUGCUAUGAUGAGAAACAUCAGCAUGACCCUAAUGUACAAGCUACCCAGGAGCCUGAGAAUACAAAUAUUACAUUAGAGAAGCAGAAAACAAAUGCAUUUAGUGUGCCUUUCCUUUCCUUCAAAACACUGUUUCACCAGAACUAAGGAGUUAUUGCUAUUAUUUAAAUAACCACUUAAAUUUGCUGAUUAAAAUUUGCAUGGAGGUGACAUGUCACAGAACCCAUUUCACAAAACUGUCCUCUGACCUCCACAUGUGUUGUGGCAAGUUAGGGCCCACAGACACAUACACACUAAUGGUAAAUUAAAACUGUUCCGUAAGAUCCUGACUGCAAAGACAGAGUAAUUAAAUUCCAUGUCUUCUGACUUGCAAAUCAAACAGGCAAAAAGCACCUUGUCCUAAGUGCAUUUUUACUUCAGACUCCAUUUUACCUGUAGGGUGAAACAAAGUUCAGGUUCCCAAACCCUGUGGGAGCUAGGAAAUUUCCAAUGGCUGACCCACCUCCUCCCGAAACCAUAAAACAGUCAGUAUGCACCUUUAGUUCUCUAGAAACAUCGUGGCUGUUCCUAACAACAGAAAGAACAAGAGAAUCUGAUUGGUUGGGCUGCAAAGCUUGCAUCGUGUGUCAGCUGACAGUGACGGAACUCAAGGAAGCCCUGACCUGUGGUUUCUGACUGGUGACAAUUGUAACUGUUGCUGGCAACAAAUGUUUGUGGGCUUUAUGCUUAAAUAUUUGCUUCACCUGGCGUUUGGGGUCACAGCUCAGCUCCUGAGUCUGUUGUGUGGCUCUGAUGGGUCAGCACCGACUUUCCUUCUUUUGUGCUGACCUGCAUUAAACCUUGCUUUGCAGUAACCUCUUAUGUCUACUUGGGCUGAUUCAGAACCUCAGACCACAGCAACGCCAUUUCAAAUCAACUGCCUUUUAUCUUUAUUAGUCCUUGUUACCAAUCAUAACUUCAACAGAGAUACUAUAUCAUUCUUGCUUUGUGAAGUAGAAACCAAUGUUUAUUUAUAUAGACAGGAUCUGCUCUGUGGAUGCCCUACUGUCUAAACUGUACUUUUUAGCGUUUGGUUGUAUUAGGUCCAAGCUGCAUUCCCAGUGAUUCUCAGAAAGUUUAUCAGUUACCUGAGAAGGGGUUACAGUUAGAUGAUAGAUGUCAAAUGUCUACAAGUGCAGACAACUGAUGUUUUACACACACACACACACAGAGUAUGUACCUACCAUGUGUACAUCCUGGGUUUAAUCCUGAGUGCUGAAACAAGAAAAAGAGGAGGAGGAGCAGGAGAAGAAGUAGUAGUAGUAGUAACCAGGAGAACAAACCAGGUAUUCACAUUUUUGUCUCUUUAGGU